AGAGAUGAAUCCCAAAAAAAACUUCAAUGUGAAAGUGAACAAGAGUGAAGUAGUAGCAGCAGUGUUGCCAAUACAAGAACAUUGGCUACCAUUAUCUAAUCUUGAUUUACUCUUACCUCCAUUGGAGGUCGGAGUAAUGUUCUGCUAUCUAAAUCCCAUUAUUGUUUCGGAGAAAAUUAAUAUAAAUUUAGAAUUUAAUUCAAUCGUAAAAAUACUCAAAACAUGUUUGGCUGAAACAUUAGUUUCUUACUAUGCAUUUUCUGGAGAAAUUGUUAAAAAUUCAGCGGGAGAACCGGAGCUUCUUUGCAAUAAUGGUGGUGUUUCUUUUAUUGAAGCUUUUGGUGAUGUUGAGCUUAAAGAGAUUAAUUUUUAUAAUCCAGAUGAAAGUAUUGAGGGAAAAUUUAUUCCUAAAAAGAAGCAUGGUGUUCUUGCUAUUCAGGUUACACAACUCAAAUGUGGAGGAAUAAUUUUGGGUUGCACAUUUGAUCAUAGAGUUGCUGAUGCAUACUCAGCCAACUUGUUUCUUGUGUCAUGGUCUGAAUUAGCUCAAUGCAAGCCACUCUCUCAGCUCCCAUCGUUUCGACGAUCGUCCCUUUUUCCUCGACAUCCUGGUUGCUACGAUGACUCGAUCGAUGACUUAUAUGUACCAAUAUCAACCCUACCUCCCACGAAACCCGAAAUCCUUAACCCUAAUGAUCAAAUCAUUAGUAGAAUUUACUAUGUCACUGGUGACAAAAUUGAGCACCUUCAAUCACUAGCCAAUUGUCAUGAUCAAAAAGGCAUGAAGUCCCAAAGGUCUAAACUUGAAUCAUUCAGUGCUUUUCUGUGGAAAACUAUUGCAUGUGGAAUUGAUAGAGAAACGUCGGGUUUCAACAAUUUUAGGUUUGGUAUUGUGGUCGAUGGUCGAACUAGAUUGAUAAGUACUAAUGUAGAUGAUAAUAAUCAAGAUAAGUCGCUAAAAGAUUAUUUUGGUAAUGUUCUCUCCAUCCCAUUUGGAGAGAGAAAAGUUGAGGAUCUAAAAGAGAAGUCGUUGAAUUGGGUGGCAAAUGUAGUCCAUGAAUUUCUUGAUAUCGCGAACACACAAGACCAUUUUCUUGGAUUGAUAGAUUGGGUUGAGGCGCAUCGCCAUGAACCAUCCAUGGCAAAAAUAUAUGCCAUGAAUGGUGAUGGGCCCGCGGUGGUAGUGUCAUCAGGGCAACAUUUUCCUGUGAAAAAGAUUAAUUUCGGAUGGGGUCAGCCAGCCUUCUGGUCGUAUCAUUUUCCGUGGGCCGGAAAAGCGGGAUAUGUGAUGCCAAUGCCAAGCCCUAAAGGAAAUGGAGAUUGGAUUGUGUAUAUGCAUCUCUUGAAAUGGCAAAUGGAACUUAUUGAGGCUUCUCCAUUCCACGUGUUCGAACCCGUAACUGCAAAUUAUCUCAACUUGAUUUGA